AUGUGGCUCGCGCCAAACGACACACGGCUCCUCUACUCUGACUACCUCCACCUGCACAAGGACUCGCGCCGCGCCGUGUUUGACCGCUGCUUUGACCCGCAAUGGCCCUGCCGCUGGCUCCCAGAGACGGAGUACGCGCGGAACGGUUGGCAGCGCACCAACCUCUCGGGUCCGUUUGCCGAGAUGCAGACGCCCGGCGCCACGGUGUCGUUCGAAACCGACGCCACCGCGGUCACGGCGCACCUCGAGUACUCGGGCGACUGCCGGCCAGGGUGCCCGUCCACACAGUGGGCCGGGCAGGAGGAGGACGCGAGGCGAUGCUACGACCCACUGCGCAAAGGCAACGCGCAGCCGUCGGACGUCUGCGAGGCAAGCUGCGUACCGAUCCUCUUCGUGGACGGUGUGCGUCGGCAGCUGCCACCAACCGAGGUUGGCGCGCCACGGCUGUACAUCGGAGCCGUGGCGUUCGAUCUCGCCGUCGAUGAGGCUGCGCCGAUGGGAAUGCGCCGUUUCGAGCUCUCCAUGCCGUGGGGCGCUGCCACGCACCUCGCCGGCUUGAGGCUUGCCCGCCCGCCCACCUCUGACGGCAUUACUGUCCAACGGCCGCCUCCUCGCGGCCGGUUCACGUACAUCGCGUACGGCGACUCCAUCACGCACGGGUACUGCGCCGAGACGCCGUACCCGGGCUUGAUUGGCAGGCUCAACAACUGGACCGCAAUCAAUCUCGGCUGGGGAGGCAUCCGGGUCACGCCCCGGCACGGACCAGCGCUGGGCGCUAUCCCCGCCGACCUCAUCUCGAUGCUCAUUGGCACUAACGACUACGGCGGAGGAAACUGCGAAGUUGCGGCUGGCCUAUCUGAGACGCUCAAUGGCAUCCGGGAGGCUCAGCCGGACGUCCCGCUCGUCGUCAUCACGAUGAUUGUGAGGCGCGAAGCAGGAGACCCGCACGGCGACUGCAGCAGCGACGGCGGCGGUGGCGGCGUCACGCUCGAGCAGCUUCGUGAGCAGCUCCGGAGGGAGGUGAACAGGCGCAUCCACGCCGGCGACCGGAACCUCCACCUAGUCGAGGGUGGUGGGCUGCUCUCGCUCGGCGACCUCGGCGAUGGCCUUCAUCCGGCCGGCACAGACGCGAUGGAGAAGCUCGCGAGAGGCAUCAAUGCCCACUUUCACCGUCUGGGCCUUGCGCGCACUUUUCACUGCUACGCAGAGCGCUACCCGCACCUGCUCGAGGAGUACUGCGGCGGUACCGCCACCGAGUGCGACUGGGUGGCCCUGCAGCGCCACUGGGACCAGCAUGGCCGCGUGGGGGGGCUGCGUGCUGAUUGCGACGCGCCGCCGCCGCCGCCGCCGCCGCCGCCGCACAGCUCGCUCGGCGCGAUGGCUGCGAGGCACAACCACAGGGCCCGCGGUCACGCGGCGACGAACGCUGCGACGACUGCCGCAAUCUGGUGCUCCGCCGUGGUUGGGGCGGGCGCGCUCGCCGUGGCGUUCGGAAUGCUCCUCCGGGCCAAGGGGCACACCCGCUUCGCGAAAGUCCUCGGCUCCGAGGGCGAGUACGAGCUGGAGCCCGGGCCUGCCGACAGGUCUCGGGCGCCAAAACGCCGCGGACGCAGGCAGUCACAAGACAGGGAGCUGGCUCCAGCAGAGGAGAGUCCAAGGUGA